AUGUUUGAAGAGCAACUUGUCACGUCGCUCCUGGUGUCGUGGCUUCUGCCGUGGAUCUUAUUGUUACUGGCAGCCACCGCACCCGGCUUUAAGAGUGCGACAUCUUUGAUUACGUCCAGGCGGCGUUUGUGUCGAUGUUCUUUGAAGAGGCUUAGUUUAGCAUCUGCCGCUGGAACAGUCAUACAGAUUUGGUGCGCGUGCUUGCGGACAUCUUUCAGGAGAGGCUUGAUAUUCAUCGAUGGUUUCUUGCACCCAAGUGGAGCAACCACGAUCGAUAUCCACAGGGCUGUCAGCUGCACAUGCCUGCAGCAUCGAGGGCUGCAACCAUGGGUCGCAAUCGUGCUGCUCAUUAAUGCGCUCGUUACUGCGAGUUCUGUAGUUCCCAUGGUUUCCCACAUCGCCCAUGGUCGAUGA